AUGGAAAGGAAUCGCAUCGCUAGCCAAUAUUCUUCCCGCUCUGCACACGAUCCCUUCUCCCUUGACGAGAUCUAUGCUGUCCUCCACGGCCUGUAUCCUAUCGCAGUACUAACCUUUACAGAUCGCCUCUAUCUUGCGUCUUACGUCGAGCCGCCGGAUGCAAACACUAUCUUCCCCUAUCCCGACCCGCCGCGGUCUCCCACGAAGCGCUCUGCGCGCGCCGUUGACGGCCCCUCGCCUGUCAAGACUCCGGCUCGCAAGCAGCCUUAUUACUUUACCGUUGACGAUACCCUGAUUUAUAACGCCUUUCACCACGAUUUCGGCCCGCUGCACAUCGGACAUUUGUAUCGCUUCGCCCUGCAGUUCCAUGAGAUUUUGGGAGCGAAGGAGAACAAGGACCGGCCCAUUGUCUUCUGGAGCAGAGCCGAUCCGCGUAGCCGCGCAAAUGCUUCGUGCUUGCUCGCGUGCUACAUGGUCCUGAUCCAGUCAUGGCCGCCGCACCUUGCCCUAGCCCCAGUGGCGCAGGUUGACCCGCCGCUUAUGCCGUUCCGCGACGCUGGCUAUAGCCAGGCUGACUACGGCAUCACUGUCCAGGAUGUCGUCUACGGCGUCUGGAAGGCAAAAGAGGAAGGCUGCUGCAUUCUCGAGAACUUCGACCUCGACGAGUACGAGCGCUUUGAGCGUGUAGACGAGGGCGACUUCAACUGGAUUACCUCCGACUUUGUUGCCUUUGCUUCUCCCCAGACGACUCCCUCGGCCCGGACGCCAGAGGGCACUGACGGCUGGGAGCUGCUCCCCAAGACGCUCGACGCGGUUGACGCCGAUCCGAACAUUAACCAGCCGUUCAAGAACGUCUUGAGGCACUUCGUCGAGCGCAAGGUUGGUCUCGUCGUCCGGCUGAACUCGGUUCUGUACAACGCUUCGUACUUCGAGGCCCUUGGCAUCCAGCACGUCGACAUGAUCUUCGAGGACGGCACCUGCCCGCCCUUGUCGAUGGUCCGCAAGUUCAUCCGCAUGGCUCACGACAUGAUUACGGUCAAGAAGAAGGCCGUUGCCGUUCACUGCAAGGCCGGUCUUGGUCGCACAGGCUGCCUGAUUGGCGCCUACCUCAUCUACCGCUAUGGCUUCACCGCCAACGAGGUCAUUUCCUUCAUGCGCUUCAUGCGCCCCGGCAUGGUCGUCGGCCCGCAACAACACUGGCUACAUCUCAACCAGGGCGUCUUCCGCGAGUGGUGGGUCGAGGAGAAGAUCGAGCGCAAAUUGCGCAAGGAACUCCAAGCCGCCCAGGCCGCUGGCCUUGCCAACGUUCCGAGCACCCCGGUCCGCGGCGUCAAGACUCGCAGCAGCAAGCACGCCGCCGCCACGCCGAGCCGGGCCGCCCGGACCCCUCUUAGUGAGAUCGACCAGGACACCCGUGAUAACGGCAUCGGCGUCCAGGAGGACUACUUACCCGCCCCGACACCGGGUCAACCACGCAAGCGAGCCGGCGACAGGCAUCACCCGUACGGUCGGCGCACUAGUGUUGUGCAGACCGUUGAAGAGGAAGCCCUCGACGAGCAGAUCCAGGCCGAGAUCAUGGCAUCCCAGCAACAACAGCAGCAACCUGCCCAGGCGCAAGCGCAACAACCCCAAGGAGCGGAUUCCGACGAGGAGUGGAACCUCCGCAUGAGGGCUGUGCGCAAGGCCUCUGCGCCCGCCUCCCCGGACCGCCGCGACCGCGCCGUGAGCUCCCAGUACCGCGUCAUCGACCACGACGACGCUUCUAACGACAUCGAAAACAUCGGUGCUGCUGUGGCGCGUACAAAGUCGUACGACCAAGUCCAGCGCGCCACUGCCAACACCCACAGCAACUCCGGUUCGGCAUCCGGCACGCCGUCCGCCCCGAACUCCUCUGGUAGUGUUGGAGGAGGAGGAGGUGGAGGUAGUGGUGGUGGUGGAUCAUCGGCCGUGUUGACCAAGGUUAGGGGGGCUAGCACUAGUCCGUCGUCUAGGAGGGGCGCUGCGGCCGGAGAAAAGCCUGUUGCCGGAGGGCCCGGGGUUAGGGAGGCUGGUGUUAGGAAGACGAGUGGACGGAUUGGGAGUGCCGGGCAUCAUGGCCAUGGACAUGCCUCGGGGGCGGUAGCACAGGCGGUUAGGAAGUUGAGUGGGGUUUCGUAA